GGAGAGAGGGGAGUGCGGGGAGAGUGUGCGCAGAGAGAGAGACUGGUCUAUAGAGGGAGUGGAUAGUCGACUGCAGAGUGUGUGCACAGAGUCUGGUCUAUAGAGGGAGUGGAUAGUCGACUGCAGAGUGUGUGCACAGAGUCUGGUCUAUAGAGGGAGUGGGAUAGUCGACUGCAGAGUGUGUGCAGAGAGUCUGGUCUAUAGAGGGAGUGUGUGUGUGUACGAGGGGAGGGAGGAGGAGAGAGAGGAGGAGGGGAGCAGUCGGAGUUGGCCGCGCCCGCUCGCAGGGCUCCGCUCGCAAUGGCAGCCGCAGCAGGGGAGCUGCGCGCAUUCGCCAUCAGACUCAACAGGGCUGGCGCUGCGGAGCUGAGGAAGCAGGCGUCUUCCUCCAGCCUGCGCUACAGCGGGAGCCUCUCCCAGGCCUUCACCACGCCCCUCCAUCCUGCGAUCCCGGCAUGCGACGUAGUGGAGCCCGUGGACGUGGAGGAGGUGCUGAGCUCCCACGCGGCGCCCGACUCCGCUCCGCUCCGCGUCAUCUCCGAGUUCCCUGCGGAUGACGUCACCGUCACCUUCGCUCCUCGCGAGUGCCGCACUGUCACCCCCUCCCUGCCGGAUGAAGAUGGCUGGGAUGCGAGCGCGCACGUGCGAGACUGCGUGCGAUCCUUCACGGAGGACUGGGCAGUCGUCACACGCAGGUACCAGCGUAGCGGCGGUAGUACCGCGGGGUCCAGCGACGACGGCGGCGGCGAGAGUGCCCGGACGAAGGGCCUGGAGCGACACCUCUUCGAGUCGGAGGAGAGCCCGGAUGACGAGGAUGCUGGGAGCCGCCGGGUGUCGGUGAGCGUGGGCGAUGACGUGUCCCUGGGUGAGGCUGACGGUGGUGGUGGCGGCGGUGGUGGAGGCGGUGGCGGUGCCGCCGCCGAUCCGCUAGUGCCGGGGUUGCUGGAUCACCGCUCGCUCGAGGAGACGGACCGCCACAACGAACAAGCGCGGCGAGCGGCGCGGCACUACAACCUCUUCGCCCUCUACCCCCCGCCUGCCGAUGAGGAGGAAUCGGUGGAGAAGAGGCCGGUUCCGGAGGGACCGCAUGAGCACUUUGGCCAACGCCUCCUCAUCAAGUGCCUCUCUCUCAAGUUCGAGAUCGACAUCGAGCCGCUGUUCGCCAGCCUGGCCCUGUACGACGUGCGAGAGAAGAAAAAGAUCUCGGAGAACUUCUACUUUGACCUCAACUCGGAGAACAUGAAGGUCCUGCUGAAGCCUCACAGCGGCCAGUCCUGCAUCCCCUCGCUGGCACGCACAGCAAUCUUCUCCAUCACCUACCCCACGCAGGACAUCUUCAUGGUCAUCAAGAUCGAGAAAGUUCUCCAGCAAGGGGACAUUGGAGAGUGCAUGGAGCCCUACAUCAUGAUGAAAGAGACGGACGCCUCCAAGAACAAGGAGAAGCUAGACCGGCUUCGGGCACAGACGGAAGGCUUCUGCUCCCGGCUAGGCCGCUACCGCAUGCCGUUUGCGUGGACGGCCGUGCACCUCAUGAACAUCGUGACGAGCGCCGCAACGCUGGAGCGCGAUCCGGAAACCGAGGCACCCGCCACUCCGGGAGGUGGCACUCCUGGUGAGAAGAGGAUGGAUCGGCGAGGGCUGGCGGCGUCGCAGGCCGGGAGACGGAGCCUCGAUCGGGGAAGCACGCUGUGUAGCGAAGAGAGCCUCAACCUGGCUUCCUUCCGGCCCGUCACCAUCACCCUCAACAACUUCUUCAAGCAGGAGGGAGACCGGCUGAGCGAUGAGGACCUCUACAAGUUCCUCGCCGACAUGCGCAAGCCGUCCACCGGCUUGCGCCGCCUGCGCACCAUCGCCGCGUCGCUGAAGAUGGAGCUGGCGCCGUGCCCCGAGAGCCCGGCGCACUGCCUCACGCCAGAGCUGCUGCAAGUGAAGCCGUACGCGGACGCUCGCGCCCGCCCGUCACGCGAGAUCCUCGAGUUCCCCUCGCACGACCUCUACGCUCCCAUCACCACCUACCGGAACCUGCUGUACGUGUACCCGCAGAGCGUGAACUUCUCCACGCGGCAGGGCUCGGCCAGGAACAUCGCCAUCAAGAUACAACUCAUGGCAGCUGAAGAUCCAGAGAGCACCAUGCUGGCGAUUUUCGGCAAAUCCAGCUGCCCGGACUUCUCUAAGGAAGCCUACACAGCCAUCACCUACCACAACAAGGCACCGGAUUUUUACGAGGAGGUGAAGAUGAAGCUGCCGGCGAAUCUGACCGAGAACCACCACGUGCUCUUCACCUUCUACCACAUCAGCUGCCAGCAGAAGCAGAACGCUCCGCUCGAGACGCCCAUCGGAUACACGUGGCUGCCCCUGCUGCAGCACGGUCGCCUGGUAACGGGGCAAGUGAACCUCGCCGUCUCCAUGGAGAAGCUGCCCACCAACUACUCCGCCCUGCCCCCCGAGGUCCACGUGCCGAAUAUCCGCUGGGUAGAGGGACACAAAGCCAUAUUCAAUGUGGAGGUGGUGGCCGUGACCUCGCUACACACACAGGACGCCCCGCUGGACCGGCUCUUCGCGCUGUGCGCCGCGCUUGAGUCGCACUCCUUCCCCGUGUGGGCGGGGCCCAAGCGCGUGACGGAGGCGGAGCUCGAGGCGGAGCUGCGCUCGGCCGUGGCCGGCGUCGGCAACGCCGCCAUGCAGCCCCUCGUGCGCCACUUCCACCCGCUGCUCGACCGGAUCGUGCUGCUCACCGUGCGCCCGCCCGUGCUCGCCGGACAGAUCGUGAACCUAAGCCAGGUGGCCUUCGAGGCCAUGGCCAACAUCGCCAACCGCGUGCACCAGAGCCUGGAGUUCAACCAGGACCAGCACGGUCGCAACGCCCUGCUCGCCGCGUACGUGCACCACGUGUUCCGCCUGCCGCUCGCCUGCUCCGCUGUCGGAACGGACGCCGGUGGCGGCGGCGGCGGUGGCGCCAGGGGCGGUGGCUGCAUGCCAACCAUGAACCCCGGAGGGAUCCGAUAUAACACGCUCUCGCGAUUCGCCGCUCGACCUCGGCCCACGACCCUUAACCUCCCGGGGACGCGCAGCCUCAGCAGCAGCAACCCCGACGUCAGCAGCCCGACCUCCGCCGACCAGGAGGUCGCCAACCUCCUCGCCAGCAAGGAGCGGGUUGUGCCGUGCCGUGAGUCCAUGUUCCCCGAGUCUGCCCAGGCUCCGAGUCAGCUCGGGUGGCUCACUUCCCGCAAGCUGUUCCACGAGGAGCUGGUGCUGCAGUGGGUCGUGAGCAAGGGCUGCGUGCGCGACACGGCGCUGCAGCACGCCUGGUUCUUCUUCGAGCUCAUGGUGAAGAGCAUGGCCCAGUACCUGUACGUCACGGGGAAGCUGGCCGCUCCACGCCGCCUCCGCUUCCCCGAGCAGUUCACCAACGACCUGCGCGCCCUCGUCACCAACGUCGCAAACGACAUCAUGGACAAGUUCCAGAAGGAGCAAGAGCUGGCGGAGAAGCUGAACGUGAGCCUCGCCUUCUUCAUGAACGACCUCUUCUCCCUCGUCGACCGCGGCUUCGUCAUGCAGCUCGUCAAGACCUACUGCAAGCAGACGUGGAACCGAGCGAACAGCUCGCCCGGCCCCGGGGCGCUGACACCGCUGGCGUCGCUCCGCUUGGACUUCCUCCGCAUCGUAUGCACGCACGAGCACUACGUGGCGCUCAACCUGCCGCUCGCCUCCUCCGCCUCGUCGCCCCCCACGUCGCCCUCGCCGUCGCCCUCCGUCGCGUCGCAGGGCUCCGGGAUGUCCUCCACCGUUCAAGACCAGAAGGUGGCCAAGAUGUUCGAGCUCUCCACGGAAUUCCGGCAGCAGCACUACCUCACCGGCCUGCUGCUCUCCGACCUCGCCCUGACCCUCGACCCCGACUUUGCCGACAGCCUGUCGUGCCUGCAGAAGCGCGCCAUCAGCGCCGUGCACGUGCUCGUGUCGAGCCACGACACAGAGCCGCGGUACUCCGCACCCGAGGUGAAGGCGCACAUCGCGUCGCUCUACCUGCCGCUACUGGGCAUCGUGGUGGACGCGGCCGCUCAGCUCUACGACUUCACCGAGGGUCACGGGCAGCGAUCGCGAGCCGCCCUCUCUUCCCCUGAAGACGACGAGCCGACCAUCAACCAAUCGGUGGCUUGCGCCAUCGCGGGAUCCUCACUGCUGCGGCCCGGAUCCGGGGCGUCCGCACAGGCCGGCCGGGCGGGCAGCCCCAUCCUCUCGCAGGAGAGCAGCCGCCACCUCCUCGCCUGCACGCUGUGGGUGCUGAAGCACGCCGAGCCCUCUCUACUGCUGGCCUGGCUGGCCGACUCGCCGGCUCCCCAGAUUCAGUCGCUGCUGCACGCGCUGUUGCUCUGCGUCUCCUGCUUCGAGUACAAGCGACGGAGCAGUUCCUCCAACCAGAUCCCGCCGGCCGCCUUCAUGAAGUCGCAGGACAUGAAGGCGCGGCUGGAGGAGGCGAUCCUCGGUGGGGCCGGCGCCCGGCAGGAGAUGAUACGGCGAGCGCGCACGCACGGCGAGCGUGGGCAGGUCGGCUCCGCGGGGAGCACGGAGCGCGUGCGCUGGAAGAAGGAUCAGACGCAGUGGAAGCAGAACGAGCGCAGCGACAAGUCCCGAGCCGAGCUGGAGCAGGAGGCCAUCAUCGACGGCAACCUAGCAACCGAGGCGAACCUCAUUGUCCUCGACAGCUUGGAACUCAUCGUGCAGACGGUGGCCGUCACAGAGGCGAAGGACGGCGUGCUGGGCGGCGUCCUCAAGGUGCUGCUGCACAGCCUCUCCUGCAACCAGAGCUCCGUGUUCCUGCAGCACAGCCUCGCCACGCAGCGCGCCCUCGUCUCGCGGUUCCCAGAGCUGCUGUUCGAGGAGGAGACGGAGCAGUGCGCCGACCUGUGCCUCCACCUCCUGCGCCACUGCAGCAGCUCGCUCGUGGCGACGAGGGCCUACGCCAGCGCCUCUCUCUACCUCCUCAUGCGCCAGAACUUCGAGAUUGGAAACAACUUUGCGCGGGUCAAGAUGCAGGUGACGAUGUCGCUGGCGUCGCUCGUGGGGACGUCGGCGAGCUUCAGCGAGGACGCGCUCCGCCGCUCGCUGCACACCAUGCUGGCCUACGCCGCCGCGGACGGCGACAUGCAGCCCACCACCUUCCCCCUGCAGGUGCGGGAGCUGGUGCUGAACCUGCAGACGAUCCUCUCGGACACGGUGAAGAUGAAGGAGUACAAACAGGACCCCGAGAUGCUCAUGGACCUCAUGUACAGGAUCGCCAAGGGCUACCAGGCGUCCCCCGACCUGCGGCUGACGUGGCUGCAGAACAUGGCGCGGCGGCACACGGAGCGGCGCAGCCACGCGGAGGCGGCGCACUGCCUGCUGCACUCGGCUGCCCUCGUAGCAGAGUACCUAUCCAUGCUGGAAGACCGGCCGCACCUGCCCAUCGGCAGCGUCUCCUUCCAGAGGAUCUCGGGGAACGUGCUGGAGGAGUCGGCCGUGUCGGACGACAUCCUCUCCCCCGACGAGGAAGGCAUCUGCUCCGGCGGAUACUUCUCGGAGAAUGGCCUCGUGGGAUUGCUCGAGCAGGCUGCCAACGCUUUGAGCAUGGCACAGAUGCACGAGUCUGUGAACGAGGUGUACAAGCUGCUGAUCCCCGUGUACGAGGCGAACCGCGACGCUCAGCGCCUGGCCAGCAUCCACGGCAAGCUGCAGGACGCCUUCAACAAGAUCGUCACCCAGGACGUGAAGCGGAUGUUCGGCACCUACUUCCGCGUCGUUUUCUACGGCGCCAAAUUCGGUGACCUCGACGCCACGGAGUACGUCUACAAGGAGCCGUCCAUCACCAAGCUGCCCGAGAUUUCGCACCGCCUGGAGGCAUUCUACGGACAGAGACUUGGGGCGCGGUACGUGGAGGUAAUCAAGGACUCCUGUCCCGUGGACACUGGAAGCCUGGACCCCAACAAGGCGUACAUCCAGAUCACGUACGUGGAGCCGUACUUCGAGGCGUACGAGGCGAAGCACCGCGUGACCCACUUCGACCGCAACUGGAACCUGCGGCGCUUCAUGUUCGCGACGCCGUUCACGCGCGAGGGCCGUGCCCGUGGCGAGCUGCGCCAGCAGUACAAGCGCAAGACGCUACUCACCACCUCGCACGCCUUCCCCUACAUCAAGACGCGCAUCCAAGUGGUGCAUCGCGAGGAGAUCGUCCUCACUCCCAUCGAGGUGGCCAUCGAGGACAUGCAGAAGAAAAUCAGCGAGCUCGCCGUGGCCACGCAUCAAGAGCCGCCGGACCCCAAGAUGCUCCAGAUGGUCCUGCAGGGAUCCGUGGGGACAACCGUCAACCAGGGUCCGCUUGAGGUGGCGCAGGUCUUCCUGUCGGACAUCCCCACCGACCCCCGGGAUUUCCGCUUCCACAACAAACUCCGGCUGUGCUUCAAAGACUUCAUGAAGAGGUGCCGUGACGCGCUCAAGAAGAACAAGCACCUGAUCGCCAUGGACCAGCACGAGUACCAGAAGGAGCUGGAGAAAAACUACUUGCGUCUUGUGGACGCCCUGCACCCCAUUAUCGAUCGCAAAAUCCCAGAGCUCUACAGACCCGUCGAGGCCUUCACCUGUGCCAGCAGGGAAUCGUUCAAGAGGCAGAACCCCAGGCUCACACAGUGAUACGGCAGUGACAACACAACGGGGGCUUAGUCGUGAGCGCCGCUGCCGGGUAUUAAUCGGAGCGAUAGCGCCACGGCAGGGGGAAUGUGGGGGGCGUGCGUGGGGCGGCGGGGGGGGGGGGGGUGCGGUUUCGAGGCAUGGCUCCUCAGGAUUUUACUGGAGCGUUUACCGCUGCCUUCAUUUACACUGGAGCGAUCUGAAUGUGGACACCGCCAGUUGCCUCGCGUAACGGGCCGAAGCGUCGGGCAGGCUGUCGCCCCUGAGGCCUUGUCUGUUUUUUCGGCACGGGGCGGAACUUACCUUUGCACAAAGAUUGCGUCGACGUGGUUUUGUUUUCGCACGAAAGCCUCGUUACAAUAUUUAUGGCGGCCGUUUUGUGCGCGUGAUUGCCAAUGCUUUAGGGAAAUGAGAUUAGGAUUUUAUCGGUAUCCCUCUUGCAUUGAAACACUGAGGUUUUUUUUUUACGCCCUUAAAUGUUAACACUUUUAAGUGCAACAACAAAGCAAAUGUAUUAUUUAGAGGCCUUUGUUUAAUCCGCUCCUGCGUGGGGGGCCUCACCGAACACUGCAUCGGCUGUCGGAGGUCGCUUGACUGUUACUUCCACACCACGCCGGUCGGUAUAGGUUGGUGGUGCGUGGAGCAUAGAUGUUGGAGCAUAAUACAGUGCAACAAUGGAUUUUGCUGCACCGCGAGCCACUGGCAACUUGGCCAAACAGCAACAGCCUAUACAUGGUGGUCGCCCAUCCAAGCACUUUCCAAGCUCAAGCCUGCUUAGCUUCUUAAUUCUGAUGAUAUCGGGUGCAUUCUGGGAAAAUUGAUCUUGGCUUGGGUCUAAUAAACAAUUACACUUUGUAAUUAACACUUAAAAGAGUUUUUAAGCAACCAUUUGCAGGUUCUUGCCAAAACAUUCCGUUGGCCAUCGCCAAGUAUCAAUGUUGUCGAUCAAAGCGCAGCAAGGUUCCUUUUUUAUUAUUAUUAUUUGUAUCUUUUAAACACGUUUGUGGAUUUGCCACGUGCCCGUGUUUGCAUCGAAGCCAUACUUUGUGUAUUAAGCCACACACCAAAAAGCAUGCACGCAGACAAUUCAUUAUUGAGUGAGCCUCUUUGAUUGGAAGGUGCUAACGUAUGGCAGAGACUUAUUGUGAACCAAAUCACCAUCGCAGCCCUUGAUCCACCCACUACUGCAUGAUGAACUCCAAAAAUAAACCUGUCAGUCAUGGGGGUUGUUUGACCAUACUUUGCCACGCUUAGUCAGUGUGGGUUGGUGAAGGUGGAGGGCAUAAGAUGUGGAAGCAUCGAUGUUGCGGUGCUGUCCUCUGCUGGCCAUCUCCUAGCCUCACAGCACUAUGACAACCUGUUAUACGUGGUGGUGGUGGUGGUGGUGAUUACCCAUCCAAGCCCUAUCCAGGCUCAACUCUACUUAGCUUCUGAGUUCUUGCGAGAUCUGUGUGCAUUCCCGGUCAUUUGUUCACUGGGCAAUCGCAAAUCAUUUCUAAAGCAACCAACGUAUGUAUUCAAGAUGAGUGAAAAAAAUCAACACAUUUGCACUGUUCAUGUGAUAUUGAUGAUUGUCCAUCCACGGCAAUCGUCCUGCGGACAAACCUGCCCUUGCCGUGGUAAUGUGGAAUUUCCGCCGUUGGCCCAGGGCCUAGGAAUGGAGAUGUCGCCCAAUAUUGCUCGUUUGAGCAGUGGGACACUGACGUGUAUUGUGACUAUUAUUACUGUUGCAGUGCAACGUCACAUCCGACUCACUUGGUAAUGAGGCGUAGGCGGAUAUGUGAAAAGGCCAGAUAUUUUAUCAUCUGGCAACUGCACCACGUGCAAAUACUUCACUGGGCGGGGGUGGUUAAUUGGUCAUGGGAGGGUAUGUUACGGUCGGAUAUUCGGCGUUGUACUUAUUUCGGUACUUUCUUGUCCAUGGACAGGUAUGGGUUGAACACCUGCAAGUUCACACCUGUGCGCCUGUACUCAGCAAUGGCCGCCCUUGUACUACUGUGUUAAAUUACGUGGGCUCUGAGCCACUUCGAUGGCGUCAAGUCCGCGGGUAUCCUGUAGCGUCGGGUCGUGUAUCUUUUCUGAGCAGAGCUGCGUUACAUUCCGAAAAAGAAGAUCCCAAGUCCUUAAAAUUCCAAAUGAUGAGAAUUUUUAUUAUUAUCUGAAAGUCAUUCCUUUGGUAGCUGCACAGCCGAGCGGGCUGUGUGUGCCGGGCUCUAUGACAAGAGGUUUAAGCAUCGUUCUCGGUGAAAAAUACUUCAAAAGGCUCGGUUAGUUCAAUUGUUAUUGCCACUCUUGUUCUGUCAAUAGAGUGUGCCACAUACAUUUUUUUAAUUUAGAUUUAAAGCUUUCGUGACUGCAGGGAUUCAUCUUCUUGGUUUUUUCGGUAAAGUCACGUAGAAGGGAAAUAAUAAAAUAAUAAAAAUUCAACAUAAUAAAAUAUAAAACAUAAUAAAAAAUGAUUAUGUUUUAUUUUUAUUAUUUUAUUAUUUCCCUUCUACGUGACUUUACCGAAAGAACCAAGAAGAUGAAUGUCUUUGUUUGUUACGAAUAUAGGCACCCGCUUUGUUCCCCUGAUCGUGCUGUCGGCUUUGUGUAUCGAGACGAAGAAUCAAUCGGGAUCUCGCGCAGAGCAACAGUCCGGCCCCGUCGUGCUCUCGGGUAACGGUCCACAAAAGCGGAUGUCAUAGAACUACCUUUAAGAUCCCUUCUCACAUCCUCUGGUCCACACGGGAGGCAGAGGUCGCAACCGGGUACCCGAUACCCGUACCCUACCCGAUACCCGGCUACCCGUACCCGGCCGGGUACGGGUACCCAUUUGCGACCCUGGUGCGGCCGGGUACGGGUAAGGAAUCAAAACCCGUUUGCGACCUCUGACAGGAGGACAUCAGACCGUUCCCACCAACCCACCCUGCCACAGGGAGUAACGUUCGUCACAUGGCAAUGUUUAAUUGUCAGACCUGGAACUUAGUCAAAUUGAAGUGCAGAGCCAAAUAAAAUUUGAUGAUUUUUAUUGUGCAGUCAUUGGGCUUACGCUGUCAACUUGCCAAACGUAAACACUCCACGAUAUUUUUGAUGUCACUGCGGAGCCACGAGGUCAUGACUGAAAGUAUUUUUUUUUUCCCCCUCGACAGUGAAGAUUCGAUUUUGCGUGGGACAGCCCGGGGACACACAGCCUAGGUGUGUAGCGAGCUACAAGAUGAGAGCUAUUUGUGUUUUUUGCGUGUGUUAUCUUCCUGUCAGUGAUGGGACUCGUGUAAGGUGAUGUCAGCAGCAUAAUUGUGUGUGCACUGUUAUUUCGCAAAUAUAUGUUUCCAAUAAAAAUGCUUUUGUUACAA